CGAUGGUGCCAUAAGGGUACGUGUUUGGGUGUGGCUUUGGCAAUGGUCAUUGCUUGCACUGUUGGUGUGGCAUUGGCGCAGCAGCCCUUGCUCAAUUCCUCAAUCAAGAAGAAGUUGGUGAUGCUUGUUGCCAUGCAGGACAAGUCAAGCAUGGUCCAUGGAACUGACUACGGCUACGGGAAUUCUUCAGACUUUCCAAAAUCGCGUCCUUGGGUUUACGAGAACUUCCAGGAGUGCAUGUUUGAGUUCUGGUUCUGGGCGCCCUUCAUGUCAACCUUUUCAAGCAGCGUAUACAAAAACGAACAAAGGCUUUGUUAUUGUGCCUAUAUCAAUAGCACAUCGGCUGCGGAUGCUCAACACCGCAGCAAGAUAGUUAGCUGGUGUGUGGAGGACUAUCAAGGGAACAGUCAUGGAGCUGAAAUCUGCUUCGCAGACGUUUGUCCGAGCGCAGUCCAGAAGUGCACGGACCCCCCCUGCUUCUAA